AUGGGUAAAGGACUCGCAAGACUUAUCGGUUCGGGCAUCGGCUUCACCUCUGAAGCCAUUCAUGCCGCCCGGCACCGUGGCAAAGACUCCGUUUCAGAGCAAGGCUCUAGUUCUGCUUCGCCCUCUGCUUCUGUACCUACCUCUACAACUACCUCUGCUUAUGAGACCCCUCGUAGUCUCCCUUCCGAUACCCCUCCUACCUUCCCUCCAAGUGAAGCAGACGGCCACGAGCAACUGAGAAACUUGAGCCUUGACGAAGAUCUCCCGGCCUACUCGCCUGGCGCAGGACGGUCGAGUGACGCCACUUACCCCGACGAGAAAAGCAGAAGCCAUUCUUAUGAGGCUGGCGAGGACUCUGGGGAUGAGUAUGACGAGAUUGUCCACUAUGAAGAGAGCCAACGCGAAUAUAAUGGAGACGAGGAGGCAUGGGAGCUUGAUGAGGUAUCCGAGGCAUUGCCAGCAUAUGAUGAGCUAGAUGGUGUGCCUGGUGAGCUCCCUAGAAGGAACACUGAGGAUGACCCAGAUGCAAUCCAUCAGGAUGACUCUGCGGAAACCAAGGAGAAGAAGAGAGACCGAAUGAUUCGUGAGCUCGUGGCCAUGGCAGGCCCACCUGGACCGAAGACAAAGCUUCCAUUCCCAGUGAUUAUUCCCCAGCGCAGACCCGGCGCAAAGAGGCGUGGAUUCGUACGCGCUUAUGCACCUGUGUUGCAAGACUGUGGCAUUGGCCAAGAUGUGUUCUUGAAGUUCAUCAGCGACUUCCAUAAAGCGAGUCAGGCAUCAAUGUGGCUGCAGGUCCUCGUUGUCACCGCCGAUAUCACUGGCUGGUCUCCCUUGCUGUCAGUCUCUCUGACUGCACUGGCCGUCCAAAUCAUUGCAGAGACGGCCAUGCAAUUCCAAAUCCGCAAGCGCACCACCAGCUACCUUGACAAGGUCAACCAAGAGGUCUUCAUGCCUCGCGGCCAAUACGCCAUGAUCAUGAAAUUCCACGAGAAGCCUCCCAAGCAAAAGAAGAAAAAGAACGGCGCAGCUUCAGACCCGCUCGCUGAUAUGUUCACCAUGGAGCAGGUCAACAUCAGCGGAUCCGGUGUGAGACAGGAGGGCGACCCCGAGGCGGGUCCGGCACCGGCUACAAACGGAUUUGAUGCCGCCGAAACUAUCGCAAAGUUUACCAACACCGAGGAGCACCCUGAGAUGAAUGCAUGGAAGUCCCGCAUGAAGGGAUUCAGACUGGAAAGUGGCCAAACUCAUGGUCAGAUGCAGCUUCCUGAAUGUGCUCCACUAAUCUAUCCUCGCAUCGACCGAGCUGCACUCCGCGAACAGGAGGGCAAGGAGGCCAAGUCAUCGUGGAUGAAUUCACGAACAUGGGCCCAUGAUUACAUCGACAGAAGAAGGCAGAUCGAAUUCGAAGCUGAUCACAAGGGCUCUGCUCUUGCUGUUACCGAGGAAAACCGAAAGCCCUUCACUUCACGUUACAAUGAUCCGAAUCACCCAGCGAACAAUGGAUCUCUCCUCUCCACCCUGACUGGCGGCAAGAUCGUGCGUAAGAAAAAGCCUAGUAUGCUCGAUCGAGCAGGCUCUGCCAUCAAGGAACGGAAUGACCGAAAGCGGGCUCUGCAGGGUCUACCUCCAAGUGAAACCUUCAAAGAGAAGAUUGCCAGAAAGAAGAAAGAACAGGGGAACAAGUAUAAGCUUUUCCGGGAGGAUGUUCUUUAUCUCAUGAUUGUCAACAUGCCUACUCCGGAAGAGUUGGAGCAGGCCGUUGCUCGAUUGCGAUAUCUCAUGGAGAUGGAGAAGACCGAGAAAGAUAAGGGAAAAGCGACGCCCGCGUAG